CUAUUGCUAAAGAUAACAAGUCACUCUGCACCUCACCCUCACACAAGAGCACGCAGGUACAUAUUGAGCAGGUCGAAAGUUUCGGCUUCUCAUAUCCGAUUCGCGCAGCGUGACGGACGAAGCGACUUCAACGGUCUCCAUUGGCCCAGACAGUGACAACACCUUGUUGACAAUGAGUGCCAAUAUUGUGUCUGGCCCCUCAACUUCCACAAUUCCACAGGAGUCUGACCCAAGUACCAACGGCGAUCAUACGCACGAAACAACAAUGACGACUUUACCUGAUGAAUCUCUGGCAGCUAUGCCCAACGCAUCCGAUAAUAGCGUGCCGAAGCGAUCGUCCAAGAGGUCUCGAGUAGAAGAUGGUGAUGAGAAAGAUACUUCGCCAGUACCGAAGAAGCCUGCCAGAGAACCAGAACCGGAGCCAGAACUGACGGUCAAAACGUCCCCUGCCGGAGGGGAAUCACCCAAUGGGACGACUGCGGGUGACAACGAACGCAAAGAAGAUGAAACCAUCAGGCCAAAAACGCCAGAAUUGCAGUCAACAAGGAAUGCAAAGCCUGUGCUGAAGAGAGCAGUUGCGAAGCCGAGUCGUGGCCGCGCCUGCGCCACUUGCAAGAAGCGGAAAGUGAAAUGCAGACACAGUGCCACCGGAGACGAAGACGGUACAGAGACCACCGGAGACGAAGACGGUACAGAGACCACCGCAUUGAAGCAGUCAGGCAUGGCAGGAGGUAUAGACGAAGUCGAGGAAGCAUCAGAGGCCGUACAGACAUCAACGGCAAGACAGGCCUCGAAGAAGGUCGAAGAUGUGAACGAUGGUGCCGCAACCCUCGAAGCAUCCACCAAAAAAUCCAAGGCAACGAAGAAAGCCACCCCGAAGAAAAUCAGAGCUCCACCGGAGCGUAUCAGCACACGCAACCGUAAGGCUCCCGAGCGUUUGGACGACGUUCAAGAGCAACUUCCAUCAAGAUCAAUGCCAGCGAAGAAGACCUCUAGCAAAGUCUUCGAUCCAGUAUAUAUAACUACAAAUUCGACGAGUCGUCUAGGCAAAGCCGACAUGUAUCACAUGCUGACCGAGGAUGAGACAGCGUGGUCAAGUCUCUCGGCUGAGCAGCAAACUAAGCUUGUCUCAAUGCUUCCAGACACCGCGGAGAAUCAGCAGCUGAUAGAGAGGAUACAAGCUGGUGCGACAGAGGACACUCGACCACAGUACCUCAGGGCCUCAGACGUCUUUCGUACAGAGGUCGCAAAAUUUCAGGCAGAUCUGAAGAAUGGACAUCUAGCGAAGACGUGGCAAGCUACUGCAGCACAGGCUGUUGCUGAGCGCGCAAAUGGCGAGAAUGAUGCGUGGAAAGCCGAGGAGGCGGAGCUGUGGUGGGGCCAGAAGAGCAAGUAAAAGGUUUUGCAUCAGUGUCUGACGCGACGAGCCCAAGAGAAUCUCACUUAGACACAGACAGGAGAUCGAGAAAAGUAGAACCGUUCCAAAUGAAACAUAGCUGACACUGUGAAAUGUCUAGCAUCGCACC